UUCCCUAGCAACUCAAGAUGCAAACCUACUACAUUAAGCAUGAAAGGAGACACUAACACCUAAUGCUUUGCUUCUACUAAUUCCUUCGUGAGCCCAGAGGAAUCAUGCAGGGGCUUACGUACUAAGAUUUCAAGAAUCUGCAUUCUUGCCUGAAAUUAUCGUAAAAUAUAACAAGUUGAUAAUUGCUGAUAUGCAUGAUCAGCUGAAAAUGGAGUGGUGGAUAAAGCCUUAGCAAGCCGAAACAAAGGAUUUAAAAAAAGAUAAGAGGAAAAACACACAAACACACACAAGCCACAAUACCUGUCUACAGUCCAAUGUUGCUAGAUAAUAAUAACCUUUAGAACACCGCAAAUGUGCUCAGAUCUGCUACAGCUACCCUCUGUCAUUAUAGUUCCUGCUAUCUUUAUCCCAGUGACUUCAGUUGUGUUUAAAGGUGCAAGGUCAACAAAAAGUCAACCACAGACACAAAGCCCAAACAAGCCCUACUAUAUAAAUCCAGAGAGAUUGUUAAUGGAACAUUUCAGACCUCAUGGAAACGGCUCUGAUGAAAAAAACUUUGAGGAAACACCAUAAAACUCUGCCAAAUGCUGAAAAAGCCGUUGCUAAUAUCUCUACCAGCUUGCCUUCAAAUCAAGCUUUGACAUCCAUCGUGUCAGAUCUUCCCACCCUUUUGCCAGAAGUAGUAGGUUUAAAUUCUAGCACUAAAUUAAACUCUGGGAAGAAGAGACCUGGGACUGUGAUAGUGUCAAAACGAUCAAGUAGUGGAGGCAUGUCCCAGGAUCAGUGGGAUCGGCCGGUCAUUCCCCCAAGAAGACCUGGCUUCAGGGUAUGCUAUAUCUGUGGCAAGGAGUUUGGAUCUCAGUCUCUUCCUAUUCAUGAGCCAAAAUGCCUGGAUAAGUGGCACAUUGAAAAUGACAAGUUACCUAGGCACCUCAGAAGACCAGCACCUACUAAACCUCAGGGCUUUCCUGGAGAAUCUUAUGAUCUGACAGCUCAAAAUGCAGCAGCAGCUCAGAGUUACCAAGCUCAGCUCCUGCCAUGUCAAAAUUGUGGACGUACUUUCCUUCCAGACCGACUCCCUGUUCACCAAAGAAGUUGUAAACCAAAGGCCAGUCCAGGUCCUUCAAACUCUAGUUCUACCAAAUUGCUUAGAUCCACAGGUUAUAGGGCAGAAUCUUCUGCACCAGACAAGGCAAGGUCCAAACCUUGUUCUACGGGCUCAUUAGAAGCUGUGCUGCCUGCAGUAAUAAGGAAACCUCCAACCGUUAUCUGUUACAUUUGUGGCCGUGAGUAUGGAACUCAUUCAAUAAGCAUCCAUGAACCACAAUGUCUUAAAAAAUGGCAUAUUGAGAAUGAUCAACUGCCAAAACAUCUACGAAGACCUGUACCUGUGAAGCCAGCAGUUAGAUCCAUAGGAGCAAAAGGUUACUAUGAUCUUGAUGCUUUAAAUGAGUCUGCCUGGCAAAGUGCCCAGAACCAGUUAGUUCCAUGUGAUAUUUGUGGUCGUACCUUCCUGCCAGACAGACUGAUCGUCCACCAGCGGUCAUGUAAACCGAAGACACCUAAGGAAAAUGCUCCUUCAUUCAGUGGAAAGAUUUAAAGGACAAAACCUCUCUCUGACUUAUAGAAGUUCCAGCACUGAAGAAUCAUGGCACUAUAUAGAAUCACGUUUCAAACAUGUCCUGUGUGAAGUUAGCAAGCUAUUGAUUGUAUAGGUGAGACAUUGAACAUGUAGCUUCUAACAGUGUUUUGUGGUGAUGGUAUUAUAAGGGGCCGUAAGUAGCUCGAAUCUUUUCUGGAUCCUCUGGAAUAGACUAUAGCCUCCAGGCUGUGUAAGAUAUACCAUUUUUCCACUUUAGCCUUUUUUUGUGAAGAAAUGAUUAUGACUUUUCAUACCCAGGAUUAGUAAAUCAUGUGCAAAAAUACUUAUUUUUAUAUAUUUAAAUUUCUUUUAAAAGACUUUUGUCUGCAGCUGGAUAAGAACAAUAAAGGCUUCAGCAGCCUUCUUUAGAAGUGAGACUUUCGUGUGUUUGGAAGACUUAAUCUCCUAUCUUGCUUCUUA